AUGGCACCAACCAAGAAGGGAAAGGCAAAGGGAUCAGAGACCAUCAACUCCAAGCUGGCACUUGUCAUGAAAAGUGGCAAGACCACUCUCGGAUACAAGUCUACUCUUGAGAGCCUGAGAAACGGAAAAUCCAAGCUCAUUAUCAUUUCUGGAAACUGCCCUCCCCUCCGCAAAUCUGAGAUUGAAUACUAUGCCAUGCUUUCCAAGACCAAUGUCCAUCAUUACUCUGGCAACAACAUCGAGCUUGGCACUGCCUGCGGAAAGUAUUUCCGUGUUGGAAGUCUUUCUAUCCUUGAUGCCGGUGAUUCAGACAUUAUUAGCGCUCCAUCCGAGUAG